AUGCCCCGCUCAAACAUGGCCGCACCGGCUUCAGCAGAGGCUGCCAGACGUCCGGCGCGGGUGAGCGCCUCGCGCAGGCGCACUUCUGUUCGUCCCGGGACGGCGAAGGCGGCGGCGGCCCUGGCGGCGGCGGCGCGGGGCAUGGUCCCCGGUUCCGAGGGCCCGGCUCGGGCCGGGGGCCUGGUGGCCGACGUGGUGUUUGUGAUCGAGGGAACGGCAAACCUGGGGCCGUACUUCGAGGGGCUCCGCCAGCACUACCUGCUGCCCGCCAUAGAGUACUUCAACGGGGGACCCCCGGCAGAGACCGACUUCGGCGGAGACUAUGGCGGAACCCAGUACAGCCUUGUGGUGUUCAACACGGUGGACUGCGCUCCAGAGUCCUACGUGCAGUGCCACGCUCCUACCAGCAGCGCCUAUGAGUUUGUCUCCUGGCUCGAUGGCAUCAAGUUCAUGGGCGGUGGUGGCGAGAGCUGCAGUCUCAUUGCGGAGGGUCUGAGCACUGCCCUGCAGCUGUUCGAUGACUUCAAGAAGAUGCGUGAACAGAUUGGCCAGACACAUCGAGUCUGUCUCCUCAUCUGCAACUCGCCCCCAUACCUGCUGCCUGCAGUGGAGAGCACCACAUACUCAGGGUGCACGACGGAGAGCCUGGUGCAGAAGAUAGGGGAGCGUGGUAUCCACUUCUCCAUCGUUUCUCCGAGAAAGCUGCCAGCCCUCCGGCUCCUGUUUGAGAAGGCAGCUCCCCCUGCCCUGAUGGAGCCAUUGCAGCCACCAGUAGACGUGAGCCAGGACCCCAGGCACAUGGUGCUAGUGCGUGGGCUCGUUCUGCCUGUUGGCGGCAGCUCAGUCCCAGGCCCUCUGCAGCCCAAGCAACCAGUUCCUCUGCCACCAGCUCCGUCCUCAGCAGCCCCCCAGCAGGCUCUGCCCCCUGUCCCACCGCAGUACCAGGUCCCUGGGAACCUAAGUGCUGCUCAGGUGGCUGCACAGAGUGCUGUGGAGGCCGCCAAGAACCAGAAGGCUGGACUGGGCCCACGCUUUUCACCCAUAAAUCCUCUCCAGCAAGCUGCUCCAGGAGUGGGGCCCCCCUUCAGCCAGGCCCCAGCACCCCCGCUGGCUCCUGGGCCUCCUGGAGCCCCCAAGCCGCCUGCUGCUUCCCAGCCUAGCCUGGUGUCCACUGUGGCCCCUGGGACAGGCCUGGCACCCGCGGCACAGCCCGGGGCCCCCUCUAUGGCAGGCACUGUAGCCCCAGGCGGGGUCAGUGGUCCUUCACCAGCCCAGCUUGGGCCUCCUGCCCUUGGCGGGCAACAGUCAGUGUCCAACAAGCUCCUGGCCUGGAGCGGGGUCCUCGAGUGGCAGGAGAAACCAAAGCCUGCAUCUGUGGAUGCCAACACCAAGCUGACGAGGUCUCUGCCUUGCCAGGUCUAUGUGAGCCAUGGAGAAAACCUGAAAACAGAACAGUGGCCCCAGAAACUGAUCAUGCAGCUCAUUCCUCAGCAGCUGCUGACAACCCUGGGCCCACUGUUCCGGAACUCAAGAAUGGUUCAGUUUCACUUCACCAACAAGGACCUGGAGUCCCUCAAAGGCCUCUACCGCAUCAUGGGCAAUGGCUUUGCGGGCUGCGUGCACUUCCCGCAUACAGCCCCGUGCGAGGUGCGCGUGCUCAUGCUCCUGUACUCCUCUAAGAAGAAGAUCUUCAUGGGCCUCAUCCCCUAUGACCAGAGUGGCUUUGUCAACGGCAUCCGCCAGGUCAUCACCAACCACAAGCAGGUCCAGCAGCAGAAGCUGGAGCAACAGCGAGGGAUGGGGGCGCAGCAGGCACCUCCAGGCCUGGGCCCCAUUCUGGAGGACCAAGCGAGGCCCCCGCAGAAUCUACUCCAGCUCCGUGCACCACAGCCCCAGCCUCAGGGUGCUGUGGGGGCCUCUGUGGCUACAGGGCAGCCCCAGCCCCAAGGCACUACCCAGGCCCCCACGGGACCACCCCAGGGUCCUCCAGGAACGGCCCCUGGCCCACCUCCAUCUGGACCCAUCCUUCGGCCCCAGAACCCUGGGGCCAACCCCCAGUUGCGGAGCCUCCUCCUUAACCCACCACCGCCCCAGACUGGGGUCCCCCCACCCCAGGCCUCCCUCCACCACCUGCAGCCUCCAGGGGCCCCUACCCUGCUGCCUCCUCCACAUCAGAGCCUGGGGCAGCCCCAGCUGGGGCCACAACUCCUGCCCCCUCCACCGGCCCAGUCGUGGCCCACACAGCUUCCCCAGCGGGCUCCGCUGCCAGUGGCCAAACGAAAGAAAGAAGGAGAGGGCCGCGUGUUUCGAGAAAAAUGGGAGCGAGACUAUUUCUUUGUGGAAGUGAAGAGCAUGCCUACGUGCUUAAUAUGCAAAAAAAACGUGUCAGUGCUGAAAGAGUACAACCUGAAGCGCCACUAUGAGUCCCAGCACAGCAAGAGCUACGACCAGUACACAGCGCAGAGCCGCGACCUGCUCCUGCAGGAGCUGAAAAGGGCCCUCAGAGCCAGCGAGGCGCUGGAGAGCCACGAGUAGGAGCCAGGAGCGAUGUGGGAAGAACUUCCGUGUCCCGAACAGAGCUGCAUCCUCAAGGCUGUCCUGCGAGUCUGACAAGCUUUUGCAGGCUGAAGCACACAGGAGUCAGAGGCCUUAGAGGGUCCAGUUGCCUGAUCCACAGCUGCGGCCCUUUGAUGGCUGUGCAGAAACUCUGACCACGUGGUUAGCUUUAUUUAUUCGUGGUGGUGGUGAUCUCCGUGCAGCUGAAGAAGUAUGCGAUGGCACCAAGCCAGCCCCUCACUUGGAAGUGGCUUGCUUUCAUGCAUGUACAUGUCAGAAUUCAUAAGCACAACUACAGCCCCGUCACAGUGACCGGGCCACCCUGUACCUCAUCCCACGUGGUACUGUUUGUCAAGGACCCGGGUCAGGUCCUAGCCUCAGUCACCAAGGACUCCAGAUGAACUGCGCCGCCUUCACACUGGCACUCCUGUCCUUGAACUGAGCCAAUUGUCUGAGACCGGAGUGUGCAGGAAAUCGGAACUGGCCUGCUUGUUCAUUGUGAAGUGCAGAGCCCUGCCCUGGCUCCCUGGAGGUCAGUUAGAAUCUUCUGGUUGAGGGUCCCACCCUCUGAACACUGAAUCUGUCUCAAGCAGGGUUAUUCACGAACAGCUCCUGAAUGUAUGACUGUGGUGUGGUCCUGGCAGACGGAUGCCAUUGGCGUGGAACCGUGUGACUGCUAACCCUUGCUGCAGCUGGCUUCUGGAAGUGAGAAGUGGCCAGGACCAGUCACCCACACUGUGAGACCCAAGACCAAGCCCUCCCGAGGGCCACACGCUACUUGAACCUGAGCUAACACUGGCUCACUUACCCUUACCGGUUGUGUGAACGCAGACCCCAGUGCAAGCUGCAGUGCAACAAGGUGCUUGCAAUUCUGCAAUAUGGCAAGGUCCCUCAGCCUCUGCCCAGCAGGGCCCCAAGUGUCUGGCUGCCCACACUUGUGACAGUCACUGUUUUCAUUACAGACCUUAAUCAAAAUGCCAUUUUAAGGAUCAAGGUUGCUGUCCCAUGCAAGGCCCGGCACUGGCAUCUGGGUGUAGAAGGGCAGGUGUCAGCCUUCUAGCCUCCGCUCAAAGGCACAAGAGAAUUACAAGAGAGAAAUUUUAAUAACUAAAUAUUUCUAUUUUUCAAUUUGUAUUUUUUCAAUUUUGAAUUUAAAGUAUGAACUCUAGUGUCAUACAUGUUUGUGUUGUGUUCCAUGCGUUCACCAUAGCUCAGUAAAGAUCCAAUUUGAUUAUC